CUCCUCUUCCCGGCUCAGCCUCUCCACCGCCGCGGCUCCAGCACCUGCGGGACCGAAGCGGGCGCGGGGAGCUCCGCGGGUCCAGGGGCGGCAUCCACAUGGCCCCGCCGUGACCCGGGACCCGAGCGGUUUUCUGGAGUCCCAGGGCCAGCGGGGUCAGGAUGGAAGCAGUGGCUGCCACAGAUGAAAAGCAGCUCCCAUCUGCAUCUGUACUGCCCAAGGAAGUCAGUGCCAGCCGGGACCCCAGCCUGGAGGCUGAGGAGGAGCUGGGGGUCCAGAAUGGACUGGCAACCAGUGAAGGCUUGAGCAAGUGCCUCAGCAGUCCAGAGAAUCAAAGGGGCACCACAGAGGACAUGGAGGAGCUCCCAGAGGAUCCAGAUGUGGCCCUCCCCGCUAGUCUCAACUGCGGCCUAUCCCUCACCAACGGUGUAGCCCUGGGACCAGAUGUGAACAUUCCGGAAGAGUCUAUGGCAUCCAGACCCUGGAGGGCAGGUGGGCUGGCAGAGGAGGAGGACGCCUCCAGGAUCCUCUGUCCUGAUGCUGAGGACCCUCAGCUGGGGCUGGAUGGCCCUGGGGAGCCAGAUGUGCGGGACGGCUUCAGUGCCACAUUUGAGAAGAUUCUGGAGUCCGAGCUGCUGCGGGGCACCCAGUAUAGCAGCCUUGACUCUCUAGAUGUGCUGAGCCUCACUGAUGAGAGCGAUAGCUGUGUUAGCUUUGAGGCCCCCCUCACUCCCCUUAUCCAGCAGCGGGCCCGAGACAGUCCUGAGCAUGGGGCUGAACUGGGCAUUGGGGACAUGGGACCUGAGGGGCCCCUGGGGGCUGCUGGUGGUGGUGAUGGGGAGCUGGGCAGCCCCCUGCGGCGCUCCAUCUCCAGUAGCCGCUCAGAGAACGUCCUGAGCUGCUUGUCUCUCACAUCGGUGCCCAAUGGGUUCCAUGAAGAUGGGUCUGGGGGCCCGAGCGGGGACGAUGAAGAUGACGAGGACACGGAUAAGCUGCUGAACUCAGCCAGUGACCCCAGCCUCAAGGAUGGCCUGUCGGAUUCUGACUCAGAGCUGAGCAGCUCAGAGGGGCUGGAGCCCGUCAGCUCAGACCCGCUGGCCAACGGGUGUCAGGGCGUCAGCGAAGCUGCUCGCAGGCUAGCCCGCCGCCUCUACCACCUCGAAGGCUUCCAACGCUGUGACGUGGCCCGGCAGCUGGGCAAGAACAACGAGUUCAGCAAGCUGGUGGCUGGGGAGUACCUCAGUUUCUUCGACUUCUCAGGCCUCACUUUGGACCGAGCACUCAGAACCUUCUUGAAGGCCUUCCCACUAAUGGGGGAGACACAGGAGCGUGAACGUGUCCUUACACACUUCUCCCGUCGGUACUGCCAGUGCAACCCUGAUGACAGCACCUCGGAAGAUGGAAUACACACGCUCACCUGUGCCCUGAUGCUGCUCAACACGGACCUGCACGGACAUAACAUUGGCAAGAAGAUGUCCUGCCAGCAGUUCAUUGCCAACUUAGACCAGCUGAAUGAUGGGCAAGACUUUGCCAAAGACCUGCUGAAGACCCUGUACAACUCCAUCAAGAAUGAAAAGCUGGAAUGGGCCAUUGACGAGGAGGAGCUGAGGAAAUCCCUGUCUGAGCUGGUGGAUGACAAGUUUGGGACAGGAACAAAGAAGGUGACACGGAUUCUGGAUGGUGGCAACCCCUUCCUGGAUGUCCCACAGGCUCUCAGUGCUACCACCUACAAGCAUGGCGUGCUGACUCGGAAGACUCAUGCUGACAUGGAUGGCAAGAGGACACCCCGUGGGAGGCGCGGCUGGAAGAAAUUCUACGCGGUGCUCAAGGGGACCAUCCUGUACCUGCAGAAGGAUGAAUACAGGCCAGACAAGGCUCUAUCAGAGGGUGACUUGAAGAACGCCAUUCGUGUCCAUCAUGCUCUGGCCACCAGGGCUUCUGACUAUAGUAAGAAGUCCAACGUGCUCAAGCUGAAGACGGCUGAUUGGAGAGUCUUCCUCUUCCAGGCCCCGAGCAAGGAAGAGAUGAUGUCCUGGAUCUUGAGGAUCAACCUGGUGGCUGCCAUCUUCUCUGCCCCAGCCUUCCCAGCAGCCGUCAGCUCCAUGAAGAAGUUCUGCCGGCCCCUGCUGCCCUCCUGCACCACUCGCCUCUGCCAGGAGGAGCAGCUGAGGUCCCAUGAGAAUAAGUUGAAGCAGGUGACUGCAGAGCUGGCUGAGCACAGGUGUCACCCAGUGGAGAGGGGUCUCAAGUCCAAGGAAGCUGAGGAGUACCGCCUGAAGGAGCACUAUCUCACGUUCGAGAAAAGCCGUUAUGAGACCUAUAUCCACCUCUUGUCUGUGAAAAUCAAAGUGGGCUCAGAUGACUUGGAGCGAAUUGAGGCUCGGCUGGCCACUCUAGAAGGAGAUGACCCUGCUCUCCGGAAGACCCACUCAAGUCCUGCCCUUAGCCAGAGCCAUGGGCCUGUGACUGGCAAAGCCUCAAAGGAUGUCUCUGGGCUGGGCACUUAGCUGGUAUGGAUGCACGGGCCCCAGAGGCAGGCAAAUAUCCCCAGAGGGGUCAGUGAGCACAAGUCCAGCCAGGAGCUGCUCGAACCAGGCAGUCCCCAGGCAGUUGACAAGCAACCAGAGGGGUGCAGAGAGCCCUGUGGGCCAAGGAGAUGGAAAUGCCAAUCAUGGUGUUGGUCUUCUGGCAUCCUGGGCCAUUUCUGGCCCAGACCCUCUCUCUCCAGCCUUGGUUGCUCUCCCCACAUGGGGUCUCACUGCAGGCCAGAGGUACUGGAGAAAUCUGAGGGAUGUUGCUUACCCAAGCUUCUCUGCUCAUCAAGAUCCUCCUUCAUCUUGCAUCUGUGAGGUCAGGUGUGAACUCUGCGUCUCAGCCUGGAUGCCCAUGCUUCUUCUCAUUCCUCUGAGUUGACCAGCAGCUGGUCUGCAGACCACCAGCAGUAUUCUCUCCUGCCUUCUCCCAGGAACCUUUGCAGCAGGCCCAAUCCUCCUGCCUCACCUCACAAUAAUCUGGAGCCUGGCCUCUACUCAGUGCCAAACAGAUCCAUUCAUGUGUGCACCUACCAUUCUUUUCAUCCAUUCAGGCCACUACUGCCUCUUUUUUUUUUUUUUAAUACAGACUUAAGUGUGUAUAUAUGUAUAUAUAAAUUAUAUAUAUAAGGAACCCCCUUAAAGAUGGCUUUGGAACUGCUACUAGUUACAGGAUGAAGUCAGAUGAAGGGAAAGUCCAAUCUAGAGCUUGGCCUCUUAAUGAAAAGAGCUGCCUGCCAAGGGCCUACUGUGGCUCUGACACUCUGGGAGGGAAAAUGGAGAUGGCGCUGCCCUUGGCUUUUCUUCUUCUGACUGCUCUUGUGGUUGAUGCUUUUGGACUAAGUAGGAUAUGUGUGUGUAGCCCCCUCUGUUCGAAGGGUGUUCUGUGGGGUGAAUGGAUUGGGAGCACACCUCUGUACUUGGACUUUAUUUAAGUGCUGUUAGAUCUCUGAACUCCAGAGGUGGCCUCUAGAGGCCUCUACAGGAGCAAAAGACACCCACCUUGCAGAAAGCUACCUGUCAGCAAGCCCAAAUCUGUGUGAGGAGGAAGGUUAUGUAAGCCAUUCACUCUUGGUCUUGGAAAAAGGUGGAAUGACAAGUUGUGAUUGCCGAUAUUUCUUUCACAUCUCUAGUGAAUUACAAUGGCCUAUCUGCAAAGAACAGAAGUUUGUCCAUCACAGGUUGGCGUCCUUUAAGCCCUGCAUUCUGUAGACCAAUGAAUAGGUUGGGGGAGGUAGCUCCUUCAAUGUGGCUACCAUGAGCUAAUCCUACUGUGUAGAUUACUAUAGUUUGGACAGCAAUUUGACCUCUUUGGUGACAUAUUUAAUUGAUAAGCCAGCCUUGCAACUAAGCACCUAACAUGUCAAGCCCACUCACAUUUGAUGCAGGGACCAGUGAGUAUGUGGAGAGAUGUAGUGCUUUAAAUCCAAAUUAUUUAAGUUGGAUCAGCUGAAGUGUGUUUUAUAACCAAACCAUCUGGUCCCUUUAUUUUGCUUGGGGGAGUAAAUGUUCAUUUAAAUGAAAUUGGAAAGGCAAUGCAGAAGUAUCAGAGAGCUCUCUGUACUUUUCUUUAGCUAUCUUGAAGGGCCUUUGAUGUUCAGGUCAGCGUCCCACACUCCACUGCAUGAGGGUGGGGGGCGGUGACAGAAACACGAGGCUUGUUAGGCUCGGACAGGUGUGCUUCCCUGAGCACUAGUUGUGUCUCCCAUCAGUAAAGACAUCUUUAGUUUGCUUCCUUAAUUGUAUAGUUCUUUAUUUGUAAAUUAUAUACAUGUACUACUGUACUAAAAUAUUAUGUACAUUAUAAAACAUACACAAAAAUAGAAAUUUAAAAAAAGAUGAGAUGAAAAUAAAUCUAAAUCAAAGUUCUAA